AUGACGGAUUCAAAGUAUUUUACAACCACUAAAAAGGGUGAAAUUUUCGAAUUGAAAGCCGAACUAAAUUGCGAUAAAAAAGAAAAAAAGAAAGAAGCCGUUAAAAAGGUUAUUGCUUCAAUGACGGUUGGUAAAGAUGUCUCGGCUUUAUUUCCAGACGUAGUUAAUUGUAUGCAAACUGAUAAUUUGGAAUUGAAAAAACUCGUCUACUUGUAUUUAAUGAAUUAUGCCAAAAGUCAACCAGAUAUGGCAAUUAUGGCAGUUAACACAUUUGUUAAGGAUUGUGAAGAUCCCAAUCCUUUAAUUAGAGCUUUAGCUGUAAGAACUAUGGGAUGUAUUAGAGUUGACAAAAUAACCGAGUACCUUUGUGAGCCUCUAAGGAAAUGUUUAAAAGAUGAAGAUCCUUAUGUUAGAAAAACAGCUGCUGUUUGUGUUGCUAAACUUUACGAUAUUAAUGCACAACUCGUAGAAGAUCAAGGAUUUUUAGAUCAACUCAAAGAUCUUUUAUCUGAUUCUAAUCCAAUGGUUGUAGCUAAUGCUGUUGCUGCUUUAUCUGAAAUUAAUGAAUCAACUCCCAGUGGACUUCCUCUUGUCGAAUUAAAUGGUCCUACAAUCAGCAAAUUGUUAACCGCUCUUAAUGAAUGCACUGAAUGGGGUCAAGUAUUUAUAUUGGAUUCUUUGUCUAAUUACAGUCCAAAAGAUGAUAGAGAAGCUCAAAGCAUUUGCGAAAGAAUAACACCUCGAUUAGCGCAUGCGAAUGCUGCUGUCGUUUUAUCUGCAGUAAAAGUUUUAAUGAAAUUAAUGGAAAUGUUAUCAUCUGAAUCGGAUUUUGUCACAACUCUAACGAAAAAAUUAGCACCACCUCUUGUAACAUUGUUAUCCUCUGAACCUGAAGUUCAAUAUGUUGCUUUAAGAAACAUAAACUUGAUUGUUCAAAAGAGACCAGACAUAUUAAAACAUGAAAUGAAAGUUUUUUUCGUCAAGUACAAUGAUCCUAUUUAUGUUAAACUUGAAAAACUUGAUAUUAUGAUUCGUUUAGCUUCUCAGGGGAAUAUUGCCCAAGUUUUAUCAGAAUUAAAAGAGUACGCCACAGAAGUUGACGUAGAUUUUGUUAGAAAAGCAGUGAGAGCCAUUGGUAGAUGUGCAAUUAAAGUUGAGCAAAGCGCUGAAAGAUGCGUUUCAACAUUGCUUGAUUUAAUACAAACCAAAGUAAAUUACGUUGUGCAAGAAGCCAUCGUCGUCAUAAAAGAUAUUUUCAGGAAAUACCCGAACAAAUAUGAAAGCAUAAUCUCAACUUUAUGUGAAAAUUUAGACACUCUGGAUGAACCUGAAGCGAGAGCAUCUAUGAUAUGGAUAAUCGGAGAAUACGCGGAAAGAAUUGACAAUGCAGACGAAUUGCUGGAAAGUUUUCUCGAAGGUUUUCACGAUGAAAAUACUCAAGUUCAAUUACAAUUGCUGACGGCCAUUGUUAAAUUGUUUUUAAAACGUCCAACCGACACGCAAGAGCUAGUUCAACAGGUAUUGAGUUUAGCGACUCAAGAUUCUGACAAUCCUGACCUUCGCGAUCGUGGUUUUAUUUACUGGCGUUUAUUAUCGACCGAUCCUGCAGCAGCCAAAGAAGUCGUUUUGGCCGAAAAACCUCUCAUAUCGGAAGAAACAGAUUUAUUGGAACCGACUUUAUUGGAUGAACUCAUUUGUCAUAUUAGCUCUUUGGCUAGCGUCUAUCACAAACCACCAACUGCUUUUGUAGAGGGUCGUGCCGGUCUUAAACGCACUCUACCGAUGAGGAGCGAAGGCGGUGGUGACGAAGGACAGCACGUGGUGCAACCAUCUGUCAUUCCAGCUCAAGAUUCUCUAAUUGGUGAUCUUCUAAGUAUGGAUCUUGGAGCUCCCGCUCCGGUUCCUUCGUCUGCGCCACAAACAUCAGCGAUUGAUCUCCUUGGUGGUGGUCUGGACGGUUUGCUCGGAGGAGAUACGGCACCGGCACCCAACACGGCCGUCUUACUUGGCGACAUAUUUGGUUUGUCAACUCCUACGUUUUACGUAGCACCCAAAGUACAAUGGUUGCCAGCCGAAAGAGGAAAAGGAUUGGAAAUAUGGGGAACAUUCAGCAGGAGAAACGGGCAAGUGCAAAUGGAUUUCACGAUAACAAACAAAGCCAUGCAAGCCAUGGCCGAAUUUGCGAUACAGUUGAACAAAAACAGUUUCGGAGUUGCUCCCGCCAAACCCCUUCAAGUGGUGACUCCUCUCCCACCGGGACAAACUUUCGAAACGAGCGUUCCUUUAAACACGAGCGGAGUAGUGCAAAGAAUGGAUCCACUUAAUAAUUUGCAGGUCGCCAUAAAAAACAACAUUGACGUAUUUUAUUUUGCUUGUUUGAUUCCCGUCAACGUGUUUUUCAUGGAAGAUGGCGAAAUGGACAAACGAGUGUUUUUAAGCACUUGGAAAGAUAUACCGUCGCAAAAUGAAGUUCAAUUCACUCUUUCUAACAUAACAUUGAAUGCAGACGCCAUAAUAAACAAGAUGAAACAAAAUAACGUGUUCACGAUAGCAAAAAGAAACGUCGAAGGACAAGACAUGUUGUAUCAAUCGUUAAAACUCGUCAAUCAAAUUUGGGUAUUGAACGAAUUAAAAAUGCAACCUGGAAAUCCGAACGUUACGCUCUCACUCAAGUCAAAAGCAGUAGAAGUCGCAUCGGUAAUUUAUCAAGCCUACGACGCCAUUUUACAUUCGUAA